AUGGACCCAGAGGGCUCAUCGCUGCCUUCCGCGAGAACAAUAGAUCCAGUGGAUAUCCAAAACACGAAGAAAUGCGACGUCAAAGCGAGUAGCAACCGGAUGCCAGAGGGCUCAUCGCUGCCUUCCGCGAGAGCAAUAGAUCCCGUGGAUAUCCAAAACACGAAGAAAUGCGACGUCAAAGCGAGUAGCAACCGAAUGGCGGGGAUUGGAGCAAGCCGGGUGGCGAAAGAAGCAUGCGAGCAUGGACAUCCCGUGGAUAUCCAAAACACGAAGAAAUGCGACGUCAAAGCGAGUAGCAACCGAAUGGUUCGAGGCGGGGAUUGGAGCAAGCCGGGUGGCGAAAGAAGCAUGGGAGCAUGGACCCAGAGGGCUCAUCGCUGCCUUCCGCGAGAACAAAAGAUCCCGUGGAUAUCCAAAACACGAAGAAAUGCGACGUCAAAGCGAGUAGCAACCGAAUGGUUCGAGGCGGGGAUUGGAGCAAGCCGGGUGGCGAAAGAAGCAUGCGAGCAUGGACCCAGAGGGCUCAUCGCUGCCUUCCGCGAGAACAAUAGAUGCAGUGGGAUAUCCAAAACACGAAGAAAAUGCCACGUCAAAGCGAGUAGCAACCGGAUGGUUCGAGGCGGGGGAUUGGAGCAAGCCGGGUGGCGAAAGAAGCAUGCGAGCGUGGACCCAGAGGGCUCAUCGCUGCCUUCCGCGAGAGCAAUAGAUCCCGUGGAUAUCCAAAACACGAAGAAAUGCGACGUCAAAGCGAGUAGCAACCGAAUGGUUCGAGGCGGGGAUUGGAGCAAGCCGGGUGGCGAAAGAAGCAUGCGAGCAUGGACCCAGAGGGCUCAUCGCUGCCUUCCGCGAGAACAAAAGAUCCCGUGGAUAUCCAAAACACGAAGAAAUGCGACGUCAAAGCGAGUAGCAGCCGGAUGGUUCGAGGUGGGGAUUGAAGCACGCCGGGUGGCGAAAGAAGCAUGCGAGCAUGGACAUCCCGUGGAUAUCCAAAACACGAAGAAAUGCGACGUCAAAGCGAGUAGCAACCGGAUGGUUCGAGAUCCCGUGGAUAUCCAAAACACGAAGAAAUGCGACGUCAAAGCGAGUAGCAACCGGAUGGUUCGAGGUGGGGAUUGA